ACGUUGCUUUCUCUAACCCUUUUUUCCUCUCUUUUCCUGCAUCUUUUGAGAUCCCAUCAGCGUUGUGCGAGGAUUGAGCUUGUGCUUCUCCUACUUCCACAUCACCCCAUCAAUCGUGUGUCUUCGUCUAGCCUACACCAGAGCUCACCGUCUUUGUUCAAGGUGUCGGUUACACACAGCAAAGGAAUUGUCAAACGUCUUCUAACAACUCGGAAUCUAUACGAUUUUGCAUGAAAUCCACCUUUACUCAUCAUGUCUACCGAAACCCCCACCAGCGAUGCUGUCCUUAAGGAGAUCCUCGAAGGGCUCAAGGCCCUCCGGGCCGAGAACUCCUCACUUGCAGCUUCUAUUGAUAAGAUCAAUGGACGCGUAAAUAUGCUGGCUGGUAUCAAGCAGAUCAAGGACGAGGCAGCAAAUGAAGCUGCCAAUGGUGCUCUGAGCAAGGACAAGGCGAGCGAAGUGCAGAGAGAGAAAACCGUAGAAGCUGUUAGCGAGCAGUAUGAGCAGCCACCUGAAAGUGCUGAUGCUCCUCCACGUCGUACAAGUGUGUCAAAGUUCUCAAAGAUCAUCUUGACCUCGUAUCCGGGUCAGGCAGGUGUCGAUCCAUUGCCCAUGGAAUGGGGCGCUAAGGACCCUGCUGUUCGUGGCCCUGUCGUUGUUUCCAGACAUCCGAAUACUAUUCGUAGGCGUAAUGCUAUUGGUGCUCACGGGGGCUCUUACUCCAUCUACAACGCUCUUGCCGUAGCAAGCAAGAACUUGGACAUCACUCACAAGCCCGACUUCACCAACACGGAGCCGGCCGCAAAGAUUGGGCCUUUCCCCCAAUGGAGCGACGGGAAGAAGAUCGUGGCAAUGGAUCCGUAUGGUCAUCUUGCGCCUUGGCUGUACAAGGAGUCCAUGGACAAGGAUGAUGUCGAAAUUAGACCUACCAUUGCCAUCACAAGAGCACACAUGAAGUUGCCCGAGCUCGAAGAGAGUGUGAGGAAGGGGCGUCUCGUGCCGGACGGCAAGAUCUGCAUCAAUGAAACGGGCGAGGUCGCUGUCACAAAGGUCGCGGUUGAACCCGUGUGGUACCUUCCAGGAGUAGCUGAACGCUUCAACAUUGACGAGGGAACUCUGCGCCGAACACUGUUUGAGGAGACUGGUGGCUCCUAUCCAGAGCUCAUUACCCGUCACGAUAUCAAGCUCUUCCUCCCACCCAUCGGCGGUUUGACCGUCUACAUUUUCGGUGACCCAGCAAAGAUGUCGGACCCCAACUCCAGACUCGCUCUCCGUGUUCACGAUGAAUGCAAUGGAAGCGACGUCUUCGGCUCCGAUAUCUGCACAUGUCGUCCAUACCUGACCUUUGGUAUUGAAGAGGCCGUCAAGGAAGCGCAGAAGGGCGGCAGUGGUGUUGUCAUCUACUUCCGUAAAGAGGGUCGCGCUCUUGGCGAGGUGACAAAGUAUCUCGUCUACAAUGCCAGGAAGCGGGGAGAAGACCGCGCUAGCGAGUACUUCAAGCGAACUGAGAAUAUUGCUGGUGUCAAGGACAUGCGCUUCCAGGCUCUUAUGCCGGAUAUUCUUCAUUGGCUCGGCAUUACAAAGAUUGACAGGAUGCUGAGUAUGUCCAACAUGAAACACGAUGCCAUUGUUGAGCAAGGCAUCCCCAUUCACGAGCGUGUGCCAAUUCCCGACGAUAUGAUUCCGGCUGACAGCCGUGUCGAGAUUGAUGCUAAGAUCCAGGCCGGUUACUUUACGACUGGUCACGUCAUGUCCAUGGACGAAUUGGCAAACGUUAAGGGUCGUGGUUGGGAAGACAUUGAUCACUGAGCAAUGGCAACCUCCGUUGUAAGCGAAGCAGCUGCAGCAGAAGCAGGGCAAAAGCAGGUCAUCUGAACUGCGACCUUGCAUGCAAUCGGUGCGGAGUAUGUACUGAAAGUCAACAUAUGCCUUGGCUACUGCGGUGAUAAGAGCAGUACGAAUACCAAUACAGUAAAACGAUU